AUGUUUCCCACCCGCGUCUUCCAGAUGCAGCCCUCGCGGGCCUUCUACAGCCCCGCUCCUAAGGAGGCUCACAGCGCCCACACCAUCUCCCAGCGUCUGCGCCUGCUCCGCAAGGUUCCCCCGGAGUUGAUCCCUCUCGGUAUCGUUCUUGGUGUCGCCGUCGGUGCCGCCAUCUACUCUAGCAGCAAGAAGCUCAUGACCGACAAGACUCUUCGUCUCACCCGCAACAGCCCCGAGAGCCGUGAGCACUAA